AUGAAACAUAUUAAUUUAUUUGUAUUUGUACAACUGUUAUUAAUUAGUUCAGGGUCGUCUGCCGAUUCAAAACGGCUUUUGAGUUCUCCAUUCUUGGAAUUCUCAAUGUCUAUCAAAGAUUCGUUUGGGAAUUGGAAAGAAAAUGUAUUUAUGCAAAAAUCACCAAAGGCGUGCUCGGCGUUCAAAAAAUUAAUGGGAAAUACAUGGACUGCAUUUUUGCAUGGUAAUGGAAUUCCAAAUACUGAAUGUCCUUUACUUCCGGUUAUUUAUAAAGGUCCAGGUUUUGAUUUGUUAUUGUUUGAGAAAACCAAUCUUCCUCAGUCAUUUUUUUAUGGAACAUACAAAUUUCAUAUGUAUUAUUCAAGAUCAAAUGAAAUAUUUGGCUGUCAAGUUUAUAUUAUAGAGAUUAAGCGUCGUUGA